AUGGCUAACGAGCGACUCAGGGCUCUGGAAGAGGUGGAGAAGGAGAUCGCCAUGACCCUACAGUGUGCAGGUAACAUUGUACUGGAGCUCUCCAAAGACAAACACAACGCCAGCUUUUUGGAUCGACAGUUACUGCAGUUUCAGACCUCUGUCAAUCGGGUGGAGAGUGAACUGAGUGGGCAGAUUCGAUAUCUCACACAGGUGGCUACUGGCCAACCUCAUGAGGGCUCUACAUACUCGGCCCGGAAGGACUGUCAGAUGGCCUUGAAUAGAGCGGAGUAUGCAAAGGUCAAACUGGGAGAACUGGGACGCACCUGUGAGGUCAUGCUUGAGCAGCAGCAGCAGCAGCAGCCUUUAUAA